CUCCCUGCCUGAGAUUUACAGGUACUUGCUACUUCUUUCCCUGCAGCUUUGAAGGUGCCUUAAAAAAGCCCAGGUCCCUCACACCAGGACACCCUUGUGGACUUUUGUUUCCUGGCAUUCAUCUGGGUGUGGGUGAUGGCAGCAGGAAGGUCUUUUCUCUCCUGGGUGGGAGGGAAGGAACUGAAAUCUGCUGGGUUUGGGGUGUCUCCAGCUGACACGGCAUGAAGAGCACACCUUUCUCACCAAAUGCAAGGGCUUGAUUACCUUCAGCUGAGUGCAUCCAAGAGCCUGGGCAAGAAGGAGCAUGAACCAACAUGAAAGAACAUGACAGACAGCUUCGAAAGAACCAAGCACCAGCUUGGGUGCUGGUGAGGGGAGAUUUGCCUGGCAGAGGAUGGGGUGCGCAGGGGCAGGAUGCCUGGCAGUGCUGGCCGUGCUCUGCGGGGCUCUCGGGGAUGCUCCAAGCAGAGGCAUCAAAUGUGGAGGGGUGCUCUCAGCACCCUUCGGCAAUUUCUCCAGCCCCAACUUCCCGAGGCCGUACCCCUAUGAGACGGAGUGCACGUGGCUGAUCGUGGUGGCUGAGGGCUCCUCCGUCCUGCUCUCCUUCAGCCACUUUGAGCUGGAGUACCAUGCUGCCUGCGCCUAUGACUACCUCCAGGUCUACAACGGGGCCACCCGGGACCAGGGCAACCUCCUGGGCACCUUCUGCGGCCACAGCCCCCCCCCACCCUUCUCCUCCGCCUGGCACGUCAUGGCUGUCAUCUUCCACUCUGACCGACACGUGGCCAAGCGUGGUUUCGCUGCCGCCUACCGCAAAGAUGCCUGUGGCGGGCAGCUGACAGGCCUGUCUGGGGAGAUCACCAGCCCCCGCUACCCUGAGAGCUACCCUAAUGAUGCCGAGUGCCGCUGGACCAUUGGGGUGACUGGUGGCAGCGGCCCCCUCACCCUGGUGUUCGCUGACUUCCAAGUGGAGGGUGGCCAGGGCUGUGGCUUCGACUAUGUGGCCAUUUUUGGUGGCCCCACCACCGCUGCCCCUGGCCUGGGACGCUAUUGCGGCAGCGCCCGCCCGCCCCGCACUGUCUCCUCCGCCCCACAUCUCCUUGUUCUCUUCAAGUCGGACUUCAACAUCGGUGGCCGGGGUUUCAAGGCCCAUUUCUACUCAGGUGAGUGCCAGGAGGUGUUCACCACCAUCAAAGGCAAUUUCUCCAGCCCUCGGUACCCCAACUUCUACCCCAACAACCUCAAGUGCCAGUGGAGCAUCCAGCUGCCACUGGGCUACCAGAUCAAGGUCUUCUUCUUGGACAUGGAGCUGGAGGGUCGGAGCAGCCUGACAGGCAGCUGUGAUUACGACCACCUGGCCGCUUUCGAUGGCGGCACCGAGAACGGGUCCCUGCUGGGGCGGUGGUGUGGGCGGGAGAGCCCAGCACCCAUCACCUCCCACAGCAACCAACUGCUGCUGGUCCUCCAUACCGACCGCAACACGGCCAAGAGAGGCUUCUCCAUCGCCUAUGUGGGAGUCGUGCCCAUCAACAUCAGCUGCACCCGGACAGACUUCCACAUCCAGAUCCCUGUGCAGUCCCUGGUCCAGCUGGAGAAGAACAGGAUUUAUUUGGGGACACCUUCCUGUGUGGCCCAGGUGGUUGGCGGCAACUUUAAAAUACACACCAGGUUUGACACCUGUGGCACUGAAUCCCAGAAACGCAACAACACAUCUGUCAUCAUCAGCACCCUCUACAUCGAUUUUUCAGCAGGUGACCAGGAGGACAUCCACCAGUAUGAGGUGCAGUGUGAGCCAAAGAGGAAGGAAGCCUCAGUGACUCUCAUUGCCGGCCCUGACCCGUCCAGACUCAGACAGGCAGAAAACCUGGUGGAUGCCCAGCAGCGGGAGGGGGAAGCGAUGGACACCCGUGAAAUCAAGAGCCAGGACACCAGUGACAUUGUCUUCAUCAGCAUCUGCAUCCUGGCUGGGCUCCUCAUGGUCAUUGCGGUGGUGGGGCUAGUGCUUCUGUAGGAUGCUGCUCCCCACAUCACAGAGUCACUGAAUGUCAGGGAUUGGAAGGGACCUCGAAAGAUCAUCUAGUCCAAUCCCCUUGCUGGAGGAGGAACACCCAGAUGAGGUUACACAGGAAUGUGUCCAGGCGGGUUUUGAAUGUCUGCAGAGAAGGAGACUCCACAACCCCCCUGGGCAGCCUGUUCCACUGUCUGUCACCCUCACUGAGAAGUUUCUUCUCAUACUUAAGUGAAGCCUCCUGUAUUCCAGUUUUCACCCGUUGCCCCUUGUCUUAUUGUUGGUUGUCACUGAGAAGAGCCUGGCUCCAUCCUCGUGACAUUCACCCUUUACAUAUUUAUGAACAUGAAUGAGGUCACCCCUCAGCCUCCUCUUCUCCAAGCUAAAGAGACCCAGCUCCCUCAGCCUUUCCUCAUAAGGGAGAUGCUUAAUCAUCUUCAUGGCUCUGUGCUGGACUCUCUCAAGGAGUUCCCUGUCCUCCUUGACAAUUGCUUGCAAUCCCCACCCUGCCCAGGGUGGAAAUGCAUCCCAAAAUCCACCCUCACCCCAGACUGAGCUCUAACACAGCUGCUCAAAUGGAGACACGGCUCUCAGGCCCCAAAACGGAGCCUGAACCCAACCUCCAUCUCCUCCCAACGCCUGAAAAAUCUGGGCAGUAGGCAGCCGUUUCCCUUCCCAAUUUGUUUUCCUCUGUCUCAAUCUGUCCAUUUGGCUCAGGAACACAAUUCUUGCGCUUCCUAACUCUUCCCACACCUGCUUCAAUUUGUUUUUCCUCCAGUACUGCUGCUUUUGGGAAAGUAAUGUUGUUUGCUGAUGGUUGCAAAUCACCCUGUCAAUUAUUUCUAGCUGAAUUCUUAGAGGUACAAACCAUUCCCAAACACAGCAAUAUUCACAAAAAAUACUUUCCAUGAUCCCACCUGGGCUUGGGAGGGGGUGCUGUUGAGCUGUGUUAUAGGUAUCCCCACUUGUCAAGUAUCGAUUUAGCUUGGGUAGACGUUCCCUGGAGGUGUUUCUGGAUGUCCAUGGGCCCUGGAGCUCCUUGUUUGAUCUUCACACAUUGUCUAACCCCCCUCUUCCUUGCAGGACUCACCUGAGCACUUCAGCCACCAGCAGCUGGAGGCAAGGAGAACCAUCUCUCCUCUGUGUUUUCUCCCUUUCCAGAACAUCCAGGUGUCUACUACUGUGAACUCCAUACCAGCAUCACUUCUGGAGUCUGAAACCUUGGGAAAGUCCCUAAGAACCUCAUCUACAUGUCUUGUAAACACCUCCAGGGAUGGUGACUCCAAGAUGUGUCCUCCCUGCCUCCAUCUGGAGCAGGGGCAUCAAACUCAUUUUCACUGGGGUCGCAUCAACCUUGCCGUUGCCUUCAAAGGGCCGAAUGUAAUUUUAGGACUGGAUAAAUGUAGGAGUAGUUACAUUUAUACAGUCUUAAAAUUACAUUUGGCCCUUUGAAGGCAACCACAAGGCUGAUGUGGCCCCUGGUGAAAAUAAGUUUGACACCCCUGAUCUAGAGGCUAUAAAGCUCCAGGGAAAACUCCUUCGGCUGCCUUCACUUGCCUCUUGUGCUGUACCAAUGAAAAGAAAAUUCCUUUUCAGCAUCACAUGGGGGUGGCUAUAGCAGACCAGCCUGUGUUUGUCCUGGCAUGGGUCAGAGCCAGUGCGUGGUGAAGCCAAUGUGAAAUCUUGCUGCAGCAGUGGGGUGAAUGCAGCCCUGGGAGCCUGGCACAGAGGCCACCCACCCCAGCCUGUGUAAAACACACUGUGGUGCAGGGAGGAAUCUUAAAAUGCCCAAAUGUGGUCAUUCAAGGGCAAAAAAAAAAUGUAGCUAAUCCAGGAGCGUGGUUUUUUGUUUUUUUUUUUUUUUGUUUUGUUUUUUUUUGGUAGCACUAUCUCCCAAGGGGAAUCCAUCCUACAGAAGGUACCAGCUGUCCCUGUGGCAGCAUUGCCCCACACAGCAAACGCCUCUUGCUGUUGCAUCCACCCACGGCACUUUUAGCAGGGGCUGACAGGACAGUCCUGUAGGUGAGAGGCUUUCCUGACCGAUGUCCUGCCUCCCACAGCCCCUGGGACAGGUUGUACCUGCUGUUGAGCAUCAGAAGAAUCAGUAAAGGAAAAGGAAGGUGAUCAAGCAGCUUUUCCUCCUGGUUUGCACCAGCCUGUGUCCAUCUAAGAGGGUGUCUGGGAAGGGAAGAAGGCACAAAUCUGCACAUGCCUCCUAACGAGGAGCCUUCAUUAUCAGAGCCCUGAUUGAUUCGGUGUUUGUUGGUGCAACAUGUCAUCAAAUGCAAGAUUCCUGAGUGAAAUAUUUGCCAGCACUGUUAGGCUCCAUUAAGGCAACAUUUUGAGAGCUUGUAUGUAGAGGGGAAACAAGGCCAGAUGCCCCUGCUGCCUGCAAAGCCUUGCUGCUACCUAAUUGCCAGGUAUAUCACUGUCAGCUUCAGACGAUAGUUACAAGAAUUGACAAUUGAAGAAACUUAAAGAUAUAACCAACCUUCCCAGCAGCCCAGAUUUUGCUGAAACAGGUGAAUGCUGCAGUGGCUCGUGCCUGACAGGGAGCCCACAGUGCCCAGCAGCAUCGUAGAACCAUAGAACCAUUUCACAUCCAGCUCGUCGCCCACAGGAUGCGCACGUCCUUGCCUGGUUUGCAGGGAAAAAGAUGCUUCACCUAUCAGGAGCUCCAGCUUUGCACAAAACUGAGCUUUAAUACACUCUACUCAAGGAAGAACCCAGUGAAACUGCAGCACAGAGACAGCAAACUCCUAUUCAGGAUCUCCACCAAAAGCUGUGGCAAGAGGAGAGCCCAGCCAAAAUCAUCUGCAGUGUGUGCCUUUGGAGCAGGAAUCCAUCACCAGGACUCCCUCCCCUCUGCCAUGCUCAUGGUCCUCAUGCAUUGAGCCUCAGUUUCCCUCCUUAGCAUUUGCCCAGUACUUCCUGAGCAGGCAGGGAGAGCAGUGGACACAGGCAGCACUCCUGUUACUCAUCUGGUUAAUUAUUUAGAGCCUGAUGAUUUGAUUGAAAGGGCUGAAUGCAGCCGCCCCAUCUCCUAGCUUUGCUCAUGGACAUGGAGUCACGUCCCUCUGGAGCAGACAAAGGCUUUGCUGUCAUGCGCGAGCGAGAGCCUCUGUUAUCUCCCUGCAAAUGCCUUCAAGCAAAUCUGAUGAAGAAUGGCCAGUGAAAAUCAUAGAUCAUAGAAAACAGGACUGGAAGAGCCCCCAGGAGAUUCGUUGGUUUAUUCCUUUCCCUUCCUGGGGGAAUCGCUUCUACCAAAGAGAAGCUGGGCUAAAAUAUCCUAAAAAUCCCAGCAAGCUCUGCAUUUUCUCUGUUUACUGGGAAGGUUUUCCUAAUGUGUCACGCUGGUAUGAUGUGCUGAUGAGGGAUGUGCUGAUGGGCGCCGUGCUUUUGUGCUGCUGCACUGGGCAAAUGUAACAAUGGUGGAAGUGCCCCAAAAUGGGCACUGCUGCCUGUGCAGGACCUUGCUCCCCCUGCCCCGAGGCACUGGGCAGAACAGGGCAUCCCACUGGGGCUCCUAGCAAGCACACAUGUGGCUGGGUAAUGAUCUCAUUGAGCCACAACAUGAGGGUCUGGCAGCCUCAGAAAAUCCCACCUGCACCCAGAGCAGCCCCACUCAGGUGCAGGCAGUCACUCAGUGUUGGCCAUAAGCAGCAUGGAGGAGCCCCAAGGAUGUGUACUCUGCUGAGGGUGAAACUGGACACAGCUGAACCUGGUGUCACACAAAGUCCCUCUAAUGCCCAUAAAGCUGUGGGCAGGCAGGAGGAGCACUGUGGGGCUGGGAAGGAGUAUGGGGCAGGUGGGGUGACACCUUGCUUGAGCUGGCAUCACCCUCUCCAAUCCCCUGGAGCAUCAUGAAGGAGGCAAGAGGCUGAGCAGCACAGCAACUGGGUGAGCUCUGGGGAUAACUUGGGGCUGGGUGGCUCCAUGGUGGCCAUGCUGGAGGCCCCCAGGGACACAGGGUCUCGCCCUGCAGCGUGGAGUAGAGCCUGGGCCUCUCUGAUUGCUCCUGCACCCUGGCUGCACGCAUUGUGGUCUGCUGGUGUGGGGAGGGGAACAGGGCCCCUCUGGCUCUGGUGCUGUAAUUAGGGAGCAGGUGUUUGAUUCACCACCCAAGCUCAGCACCUCAGGUCUGGUCCUGCUCCCAUAGGCAGAGUGAUGCUGCGGGUCAGGGGCUGUAAACCCAGCUCUGAGGGGUCACUGCACAGGAGAUAGCUGUUUGAGGGGCUUCUCCUUUCCAAAGCAAUGCUUUGGCUGUGACAUGUAGCUUGGGUCCCUCUCCUUCUAGGAAUGCUUUGUAGACCUCAGGUUUCCAUGCCUGGAAAGAACAAAGGAGGUCCUGAUGCUUCCUUAAGCAGAAGCAUCACACAUUCCGCUUGCUUGUGAUUUAUGUGGUGUGAGGGGCACAGUGAGAUUCUGCUGACUCAUAUCUUUCUCUUAAAAUGAAAAUAAAACGGUCAGUGUGUCACCUUGGUGGCUACAGAAAGAAAGAAAGAGAAAAGCUUCUUGAAGACCAGCUGGGUGCUCAUCCCUUACCAGGCAACUGCCCUUUGGUGAUUUGUUCUAUAUAAUGAUCAGUGAAGUUACCUGAGGUGAUGCCUGGGGUGAGAAGGGUAGCCAGAACUGGGACUGUGGGUUGUAUGCUCUCACUGUGGGUGUCAGCAGUCCCUGAGCUCACACUGGUUUGAGAGCUCCCCUUGCUCCAGGAGCUGUUCCCCUCUGCUCUUGCAGUGAACCAUCAGGAUGUGUGUUCAGCCUCAUGUUGUAGAUGUGGUAGCUGGUCUGUUGCCCCAUGUCAGGCUCCUGCUGAGGAAAAGGGGGAAAUGUAUUUAAAAGUCUCACUCAGCUUUCCUCUGGUGAUUUCUUCCCUCUCUUCCUAUUCCUCUGAUCAGAGAGUUAUUUGUGUAUUUUAAGUUUUUACACUCAAGUUCCAUAGCCUGAGACUGGAGUGCAGAGAACUGGCACACUUGUGACACCUGGGGAGCCAUGGAGUUAUUUUCUUGAGCCAAGUGGGUUUUAGACCUUGCUCCUGGGAUUUUUUCCUUCCCCAUCAGUGACUCACACCCAGCAUUUGGCCAUUCAGUCUCCCUACAGUGUCCCUGCAUGAGCUGAAGUCUCAUGAUGUGAACCAGCAAUAUGGGAAACGGGACCUGCCACCCUCUUUGGCCUCAGCCACAUGCAGACCCCACUCCCUAGCAAACUACAGCCCCUUUCCAUGAAGAAGUGGCUAACCCUGCCUCCUUGGGUGGACAAUGCCAACCUGCUGUGGGGCAUCACUGCCUUGGGGAUGUGGGUACCUGCUGGAGACCCCAGCCGUGGUGGCACAGCUGAGGAGGCCGUAGUCAAGCAGCCCUGCCAUCUGGGGAAACAGAAUGGAUCAGGCAUAUGGACAAUUAAAAAUGCAAUAAUGGUGUUCAGUGA